AACCGGAAACGAGGAUGCGUAGACUAACUUCACCUUGUUCUGACCGGUUCACCUUCAGCUCUGACGAGUAAAAUCUGCAAAUGCGUAGAUGCUAAGAGAGAAAGAAAUGACAGAACAAAAUAACCACAUGAAAACAUAAGCUAAGCGGCUAAACAAAACGAACCCCUGUUAGUAAAAGACCGGGCAUGAUUGCAUUGCAAUCCAGUGCUGCAAAGCCGAAUUGACUAGCUCAGUACAGUAGAUUCUCGUCUAAUAAACUCCCAGAUUGCCCCAGCGCUGCUGCAGUGUCUACUGCAGUCUUCGAUUCCUACAACGCCAGGCUCUCCCAGCUGCACCGAGCUCAAUGCGAGAGAUAUGCUUGCCUUCAUUCUAGUAUCUGGCUCCAUUUGGAUGGUUUUAGAGAUUAGUAACACGUUGAUUGAGAAGAUGCAGGCCCAGGAGAUCCUGAGGAGCCUGCGCCUGCCCGAGCUCCAGGAGUUCAGCCAGUUUUUCCGCAGCCUGCCUGCCCCCACACUGGUCGGGAUCGGGGCUCUCGCCGCUGUCAUUGCCUACUGGCUGGCCACCAGACCCAAGGCCAUGAAACCUCCCUGUGACCUCACAAGGCAGUCCAAGGAAGUGGAGCACUAUGCUGGUGCACGCCGCUCUGUACUGGGUGACAAUCCUAAGCUGCUAACACACUAUUAUGAUGACGCGAGAACGAUGUACGAGGUAUUCCAGCGAGGGCUGCACAUAGCAGGUGACGGCCCUUGUUUGGGCUCCAGAAAGCCCAAACAACCAUAUGAAUGGCUGUCGUACAGGGAGGUUUCAGACAGGGCUCAGUGCCUGGGCUCGGGGUUGAUUUUCCAGGGAUGCAGACCCUGUCCAGAGCAGUUCAUUGGGGUCUUUGCACAGAACAGACCGGAGUGGAUUAUCUCAGAGUUGGCUUGCUAUACCUAUUCUAUGGUGGUUGUGCCACUUUACGACACUCUAGGACCAGGGGCUAUUCGCUAUAUUAUUAACACAGCUGAUAUUUCUACAGUUAUAUGUGACAAGCCCGAGAAGGCCAGCGUCCUCUUGGAGAAGGUGGAGACGUUGGAGACCCCCGGGUUGAAGACUAUCAUUUUAAUGGACCCGUUUGACCCUGCGCUUGUAGAGAGGGGGGACAGAUGUGGGGUUCACAUCCAAUCCAUUAAGGACGUGGAGGCGCUGGGGAGAGUGCACCAUAGAGUUCCUGUGCCUCCUCAACCAGACGAUUUAUCCAUUGUGUGUUUUACUAGUGGAACAACAGGAAACCCUAAAGGUGUCAUGCUGACUCAUGGGAACGUAGUAGCCGAUUUUUCCGGCUUUCUGAAAGUCACUGAGAAAGUGAUCUUUCCCAGACAGGACGAUGUGCUUAUCUCCUUCCUGCCUCUUGCUCACAUGUUUGAGAGACUUAUUCAGUCUGUAGUUUACUGCCACGGAGGAAGGAUUGGGUUCUUCCAAGGAGAUAUCAGACUCCUGUCUGAGGACAUGAAGGCACUGCGCCCGACAGUCUUCCCUGUGGUACCCAGGCUGCUCAACAGAAUGUAUGACAAGAUAUUUAGCCAGGCAAACAGCCCAGUGAAGCGCUUCCUUCUGGAAUUUGCAGCAAAGAGAAAAGCGGCAGAAGUUCGAAGUAACAUCAUCCGGAAUGACAGUUUGUGGGACAGACUCUUCUUCGGCAAAAUCCAGGCUAGCCUGGGAGGUCGGGUGCGAAUGAUCGUCACAGGAGCGGCUCCAGCUUCCCCCGCCGUGCUGGGGUUCCUGCGGGCAGCGCUGGGGUGUCAGGUGUAUGAAGGCUAUGGUCAAACAGAGUGUACUGCUGGAUGCACCUUCACCACCCCCGGAGACUGGACAUCAGGUCAUGUAGGAGCACCGCUGCCCUGCAAUCUGAUCAAACUGGUGGACGUGGAGGAGAUGAACUAUUUUGCUUCCAAAGGAGAGGGAGAGGUCUGUGUGAAGGGACCGAAUGUUUUCAAGGGCUACCUCAAAGACCCGGAGAAGACUGCAGAGGCGUUGGAUGAGGAUGGAUGGCUGUACACUGGGGACGUUGGAAAAUGGUUACCAAACGGUACGUUAAGAAUAAUUGAUCGAAAGAAUCACAUCUUUAAACUGGCCCAGGGGGAGUAUAUCGCCCCGGAGAAGAUUGAAAACAUUUACAUCCGGAGUGAGCCAGUAGCCCAGGUGUUUGUCCACGGGCACAGUUUACAGUCCUGCUUGGUGGGUAUUGUUGUACCUGACCCAGAAGUCAUGCCACCCUGGGCGAGGAAAAAAGGCUUUAAGGGGCAGUACGGAGAGCUGUGUAAAGAUAAGGACCUUAAGAAAGCAAUAAUGGAAGAUUUGGUCCGACUGGGAAAGGCAAACGGACUUCAUUCAUUUGAGCAGGUCAAAGACAUCUACAUCCACAGUGAAAUGUUCUCCAUACAAAAUGGCCUUUUGACCCCAACGUUAAAGGCGAAACGACCGGAACUGAGGGAUUAUUUUAAAGAAAGAAUAGAAGAGCUUUAUACCAUCUCUAUGUAAAAUAUCCAUUCAGAUGCCCUGUUUCAGAGACUUUUUUUUAGCAAUAUUGCUGUACAUAAACCACUUGUGGUUAACUCUUUAUUAAAACAGCAUUCUACUGCGCAAAACCUAGAAAUAACAAGCCUGUUCUUUUUGUAAGUGCUGGUGGUGUCCAUCCGGAAGGGGGUAGGAUUCUGAAGUAUACAGCAAACUCCACAGUCCUGAAACAGUGCUGCUAGAACCAAAUCUACAGUUUUUUCCAAACUAAAACAUUUCACCUGUAUUUGUUUGUCUUGAAGGUUUUAUACGAGCUCAGAUUAUUCACUGUAACUCCACUCGUCACAAUGAAUGCGUGUGCUUCUGAAGAAUGCAGUAUUUUAAGUUCCGCAUGAGCGCCUCCAGGAUCUGCGAAGCGACUGCUGGCCCAAGUUUCAAAUCAAUCCUCUUUGUUAGAAGUAAAAAGCAGUAUGAUUUCUUCUCACAGCGAUGUUAUAUACUCUGCAUUUAUUCAUAUCGGUUCCCUUGAAUACCGCUUUUUGUUUUAUAGAAGGUGGGCUAAAGCCGGCCAUUUUUAUUCUUCCGCAUAUCUUAGGAACCACGAGUUCUGUUUGAUUUUAGAAACUGGAGAUAAUAGAUUGGAAAAAAAUGCAGUGUGUAGUGAGAAAAAGAUUGUAAAUGUUUAAGUAUCUGAGUAGUUAUAAAAAACGGGUAGACCUUCUUAUUAAAACACAGCACCCAGUGAGGGGAAUGGAGGCCAGUUAUGUAUAAUAAAACACAAGUUCUUAAAUAAAAAAAAAAUAAAAAAAAUAUGACACUAAUUUCUUCUUCCCAUCUUUUCCAAAGAUUGUAUUAUCUGUGUGGAAUACAGUGUGGGUGGUGGCAGUCACAUGUGCAAAGGAAAGCCAAUUACAUACUGGUUUCUGAGGGCAAACUUUGAGAAAGUUUACUGAAGUAUAUUGACUCAUAAGAACAUACGUUUGGGAAAAGCAAGGGGGUCAUUCGACCCACGAAGGCUCCUCCUAUCUUAGCACACGACAACUGAUAUCAUUUGAUAGGAAUCUAGCCUUUUUUACCUUGCACUACGUUUUUUUUUACUAUAGACACUUUUUUUUUUUUUAAACUGGAACGGAGCUCACAGUAAUUUCACAUCUGUAUAUAUUUGAAUCAAACCAUUCAGAAUUCACUUAUUUGAAUUUCACACUGUUACAAACCACUCCAAAUACACUGAGAACCCUGCAGAAAGCAGCCACAAGACCACAGCGUGAUGAUAUUGCUGGCAUGUGACAUGCACACAGUGAACCUCGGCGUUCACAAGGCUAAGUUUGCAUGUUGUGUAUAAUUUGAUUCAGCUUUUACACGUCAAUAAACUGUCAUUCCUUGGAUAACCCUCUAUUCCUGCUCCUCUUGUAUGCAGCUUGUUUUUUUCAUUCAGAGUAAAGACUGACAGGCUGAAGGGAACAUGUGCUUACACAAGUGGAACACAGGCAAAGGGGUUGUACUUAUUGUUUCUCAGGGCUAAGACAAUUUUCUGAAUUACUGAAAUUUUGCUCCCAGCUAAAAUGGGAAUAAUGCGUUUGAAUCAUGCUGUUUCUGCGUUGUCACCUGUUUGCACAGAGUAAUAGAGAUUUAAAAGACAAAAAGACACUUUUGUUGAACUUUCAUCUUCCAGACUGAAAUCAAUGAACUUCUAGCUGGGAAAUUCAUUCAUUAAAGAGAGCAAAUGUGAAGCAGUUUUUAUGUUGAUGCAAUUCAUCACUGAUAAAUCAAAAUAAAAACAUAUCAACAGUUGCCUUGUUUAUUUCAUGUAUUUAACUGGUUUUUCACAGCUAAAAAUGAAUUGGAUUAGGGGAAGAUGAAAUCAACUAAUACAGUAUCCAUGUUGUUCUAUAUAUUGUUUUAUAAUAAAAGAGUAUUGAAUAUUAAUACAAUCUAAUGGCAUGUUACAGCAUCACUGUGUGUUUAGAUUGAAUCCUCCCUAAGAAGUAUCUUUAGAUUUCUUUUUAAAUGUUAUGGUUGAUUGUUUGAAGCUUUGAAUGGAAAUCUCAAUAUAUAUAUAUAUAUAUAUAUAUAUAUAUAUAUAUAUAUAUAUAUAUGGCUGAUCAUAUUCUAUUCUGACUCUGAAAUGACCAGAUGCAUACAUUCACAUUACAUUAGCUUUAUGCAUACUGUACAUAAUAAUAAAAAUAAUAAAUACAUAAAUAAAAGGAUGUAAAGGUAUCUAUGAUGUAUCUGUGCUUGUAAAUUGUAAAUGAAAGUACAUGCAUGGUUGUACAGACAGUACUACUGUAACAUGAAUGUACACUAAAGAGACUGAGGAGCAGUAUUUUUGCAUGAAAAAAACAAAGAAAAACAACCAACCCUUUCAACAACAACAAAUUCUCCCAGAACAAAAUCCUCUACUGGGAGUACAAAGAAUGAAACCCAUACUGUUGAAUGUAUUCUGAAACAAAGCAUGCAGCAGAAGGUCUUCAAACAUGUGUAUAUAUUAUAUGUAUAGAUAGACAAUAUAUAAUAAUAAUAAAAGCUUUAUUAACAUAGGGGAUUUUUUAAAAUAGUUUUAUUAACGCUCCUGCAUGUAAAACAAAUAAAAGAAAUCAUUAUUAUAGG